AUGGCCGCGUGCCCGGGGUCCUCGCCACGAUACUGGAGUGACGGUAGCGACAACGUCAUCAAUAUGGACGACAAACCCAGCUCCGUAGACGAACCAUCCGCGCCCAAACCUACGGCCGACGCUUUGACUAACCGAUUCUCGCUCUCCGGCGCCGGCAACAUUUCUCUCGACGAUGUCGAGUCCGUCCAUGUGCGUAUUCGCGAUCUCGCCGUCUCCGUCGACACGGCCCCGUCAUGGCUCGAACCUGCCACAUACCCAGACCUCAUGUCCUCCAAAUUCAACACGUCGCCUCGCAUCAAGACGCUUCUGCACUCAGUAACUGCCGACCUGAGCUCCGGGACCCUUACGGCCAUCAUCGGCGGUAGCGGUUCCGGCAAGACGACUCUGUUGAACACAAUGGCAGAACGUGUCGCAAGUUCCCGGGUCGCUCAGACUGGCAGUAUCACCUUCAACAAUGCCGAGGGCAUCCACUCCGUUCGCCAUGCCUAUGUCAUGCAACAAGACAUCUUGCUGCCCACCCUCACUGUCCGUGAGACCCUACAGUAUGCCGCCGAUUUGCGCCUUCCGCCGGCCACCACUGCCGAGGAUCGUCUUCGUGUAGUCGAAGAUGUCAUCCGGGAGCUUGGACUCAAGGAAUGUGCAAACACGAGGAUAGGAAACGGCCAGCAUCGUGGCUGCUCCGGUGGCGAGAAGCGUCGUGUCAGCAUUGGUGUCCAGCUACUCGCUAACCCCUCGGUACUCUUCCUCGACGAGCCCACAACUGGCCUUGAUGCAACUAGUGCCUUCCAACUUGUCCGCACGCUCAAGAAGCUGGCCCAAAAGGGCCGCACCGUCAUCACUACCAUCCACCAGCCACGCUCCGAGAUCUGGGACCUCUUCGACAACCUCGCUGUGCUCUCCAAGGGCAGCCCCGUCUAUUCGGGUUCCAUUGUCGACUGCCUCCCAUGGUUUGGGGGCCUUGGCUUCCAGAUUCCUCCAUUCGUCAACCCCGCAGAAUUCGUUAUUGACAUUGCUGCCAUCGACAACCGGACACCCGAGCUGGAGGAAGAGAGCACCACUCGCGUACAGAAGCUCAAGGACGCUUGGGUUCCCGAGAGCGCCCGCAGGUACGCGGCAAUCGAUGAUGAGGCGGCGCCGACUGCGGCUGGUGACACGGCGCACCGUGGCUCCAGUGCACAGAGUCAUGCCGGCUUUGCCCGCCAGCUGUCUGUUCUGACCAACAGAACCCUCAAGGUGACGUAUAGGGACCCCCUUGGCAUGACUGCAUCCAUAUUCGAGGCCGUCAUCAUGGGCAUCAUCUGUGGGUACCUGUUCUACGACCUAUCUCGCGACCAAGCCGGCAUUCGUUCCCGCCAGGGAGCUCUGUACACAGCCGCCGGCCUCCAGGGCUACCUGAUGCUCAUCUUCGAGGUUUACCGCAUGACCAUUGACAUUGCCACUUUCGACCGCGAGUCGUCAGAAAACUGCGUUGAUGCACUGCCCUAUAUUCUCUCUAGGCGUCUUGCUAGACUCCCUACCGAGGACUUCCCCGUCCCGCUGCUUUACUCGGUCAUCUUCUACUUCAUGUCCGGCUUUGAUAGGGAGGCGUCGAAAUUCUUCACCUUCUUCGCCAUUACCCUGCUCAAUCACUACAUUGCCAUGACGUGCGCUAUAACGUGUGUGGCUGCCUCAAGACAUUUUGCGGGGGCCAGUCUCAUAGCCAAUCUGGUAUACACUCUGCAGAGCAUGGCUUGCGGCAUGUUUAUCCAGAUCGACACUAUUCCCGUGUAUGUGCGAUGGUUGAGAUGGAUUACGUAUUCGUUCUAUGCUUUCGGCGCAUAUUGUGGAAACGAAUUCCAAGACAGCUUCUAUGACUGCCCUGUGCCUGGAGGGGCUUCCGAUCCCAGCUGCAAGCAGUAUACGGGCUCCUUCAUCAUGGAUUCCCUCGGCUUCCCUCCCGACUGGGUCUGGCGCCCCAUUGUUAUUCUCGUGGCCUUCAUCUUUUUCUUCCUCAUCCUCGCUACCAUCGGGCUUCAGUAUGUCAAGGUGGAAAUGACAAUAGCCCGGGCUCGCACCUCGGAUACCGACCUGUCAGCAGGCAAGGAGAAGAUGUCCACCCACCCUGCCGCUGAGAUCCGUGCCAUCGAUCUUGGGCUGCAGGGAUUCUCAUUAGAUCUCGACAAGCGGACCAGCCGAGGAAAGAGGCUGCCGCGCAAGAGGAUCUUAAACCCGAUCAAUGCAACAUUUCAGGCUGGCAUGCUCAACGUCAUCAUGGGCCCGUCUGGCAGUGGCAAGACGUCCCUGCUCAAUGCCACGGCUCUGAGACUGCGCAACUCGGUCGGAACCAAAUAUCUUCCCUCUGGAAAACUGACUUUCAACGGAGCUGUGCCUUCCGACACCGUAAUCCGGUCCGUAUGCUCGUACGUCUGCCAGGAUGACGAUGCCCUUCUUCCGUCGUUGACAGUCCGUGAGACUCUGCGCUUUUCGGCUGGUCUGCGUCUCCCUUCCUUUAUGUCCAAGGAGGAGAAGAAUCGACGCGCAGAGGAGGUAUUGAUGAAGAUGGGACUGAAAGACUGCGCGGAUAACCUUGUUGGAAAUGAGAUGGUCAAGGGUAUCUCUGGAGGAGAGAAGCGCCGCGUGUCCAUUGCGAUCCAGGUGCUGACGGACCCACGUAUACUGCUACUCGAUGAGCCCACAUCCGGACUCGACGCCUUCACGGCAAACUCCAUCAUGGAAGUGCUCCAGGGGCUUGCCAAGGAGGGCCGCACCUUAAUUCUUACUAUUCAUCAGGCCCGCUCCGAUCUUUUUACACAUUUUGGGAACGUCCUCCUCCUCGCACGCGGUGGCUCACUCGUCUAUGCUGGUGCGGCCGAAAAAAUGAUUGGAUACUUUUCUCGACAAGGACUCGAGUGCCCACAGCACAGCAACCCAGCUGACUUUGCUCUCGACAUGAUUACGAUUGAUCUGCAGCAAGACCAGAGAGAAGCAGAGAGCAGAGAGCGCGUCCAGAAACUCGUCGACCGAUGGGAGACCCACGGAAGUGCGGGGGCAGAUACCGCGAAGACGACAUCAGACAAUAUUCACGAGACGGAGACGACGGGCAGCACUGACGAUCCGGAUAUUUCCAUGGUAGAAAAGUCUGAUGCGAUGCCCCUGUCCACACUGCCCGUUUUGUCGAUGCCCCCACGCAAAUCUUUCAACAGGGCCAGUCUAUCAAGCCCAGCGGAGCUGGGUGCUCUCGUACGCAAGCGAGCGUCUCUUGGGACAGCACUGCCGCUGCUCCUACAUCGUGCCGCCAUCAACACAAUCCGACAGCCAGAGGUUAUCGUGGGGCGCCUCAUGCAGAUCAUCGGGCUUGCCAUUAUCCUGGCCCUUUUCUUUGCCCCGCUGCACAACGAUUACUACUCGGUACAGAGCCGUAUCGGGUUCGUGCAAGAGGUCGGCGCCUUUUACUUUGUUGGAAUGCUGCAGAACAUGGCCGUUUACCCUAACGAGCGCGAUGUGUUCUACCGCGAGGACGAUGACGGCGUAUAUGGGGUCGAGGCUUUCAUUGCAUGCUACACCUUGAUCGAGGUGCCCCUGACAAUUAUUAGCUGCCUGGUGUUCGGCGUGCUGGGCGCUAUUGCUGUUGGCCUGCCGCGAACGGUGACCAUGUACUUCACGACGGUGUUUGCGUGCUUUGGCAUCGUUUCGUGCGGCGAGAGCCUGGGGAUCAUGUUCAACACGGUAAUGCCGCACACGGGCUUCGCCAUCAACGUCAUGGGAAUUUUCUUGUCGGUGGCCAACAGCAUGGCAGGUAUCCUGUCCAUCGACAUGCCCGACCUAUUCAAGGCUUUCAACUACCUGUCACCCAUCCGGUACGGGACGCGAGCAAUGGGCCCCUACUCGCUGCGUGGUGUUGAGUUUACCUGCAAUGACGAGCAGAGGCUCCCCAACGGCCGAUGCCCCAUAGAAACGGGUGAGGACGUGCUGAAGCUGUAUAGAUUCGACGUGGACCCGGUAGUCAACAUUGCUGCCUUGGCUGGGUGUAUCGUCGUCUAUCGGCUGUUAGCAUGGGCGUUGCUCAGAGUGGUCAGGGGACGCUGGAGGGAGAAGAUGCAGUCCGGGAAGAGCAGGGAGUGA